GACAGUCUCAGCUUUCCAACAGUGUGUGGCAUGAGUACAUACUGUUAAGAUCUGAUGCUUAAAACUAUUAGCAAAGUUUUUACAACGUUGUGGAGCGCCCUUUCUUAGUGAAGGGUCUUCCUUUGUUGGAACGGUUUUCCUUAACAGGUUAAAGUAGAUUUAUCUUGAAUUUAACGACAAUGUACCCAACAUUAACAUUCAGUGGAAAUUCCCUUAAUUAUGCCUAGACCCCAGACCUGAUCAGAUCAGAUGAUCACUGAAAUGUGGAAUAUUAAGUAAAUAAAAGAAGAGAAAGAAACCACUGGAUGGUAGCAAAAUAAAUAUAAACUAUUUAUCACAAAAUCUGAAACAUAGUUAUGGGCCUUCAAAGUAACUUCUUUUUCUUCUUUUCACCUGUUUUGUUUCCACAGUCUAAGAGAGAGAUGGCACCUUCCAAAGCUGUUGCUGCUCGCCUUUUCGAACUCCCCAGAAGAUAUACGUUCCUGAAAUUUCUUGGAGAGGGCGCCUUUUCAAAGGUGGUGAAAUGUUUGGACGAGGAGACUGGUGAGACUGUGGCUAUAAAGUUGCCUAGACGCCGGUGCCAACAAACCAUGCAUGAGAUUUCCAAACUGAAAAUGAUCAAGAGCCUCAACCUUGACAAACACAACAUUGUCAAGUACAUUGAUUGUUUUCCGACCAGCUCCGGCAAGGCGUUUGUGUUCGAGUCGCUCGAUAUAAGCCUUCAUGACUACUUUAAGAAGACAGAUUGUGCCCCUAUGCUUCUGAGUGACAUCAGAACCAUCAUCCAACAGAUGGCCACAGCAUUUAAGGCACUGAAGGAGAUCGAGCUGAUCCACACUGACGUCAAACUGGAUAACAUUAUGAUGGUGAAUCACAGACGACGGCCGUUUGAAGUCAAGCUGAUAGACUUUGGUCUGGCCAUGCAUGCAUCAGAUGUCAGGAUAGGCCAGACUUUCCAACCACUAAUUUUUCGGUCUCCAGAAAUUUUUUGGGGCCGUGAGUUUACUGAGGCCUCUGAUAUGUGGACCCUGGGCUGUGCCAUGUUUCAGAUGAUCUGCGGCUGUCAACCGUUCUCAGGAGAAAAUGAAUACGAAAUAGUGCAAAGCAUUGUUGAACUCCUGGGUGAGCCAAAUGCAAGGUAUCUUAAUGGCUGUGAGUGUGCUUGUAUUUACUUCAAAGCGCUUGACUACCACCAUUGGAGGAUCAAGACUCCCUCUGAAUAUUACAGAAAAGCUCGCAAGAAAAGACCCAGAAAGAGCCACCAGUUCAAGUCUCUGGAUGAUAUGAAAGCAAUGCGUCUGGAAGAAAAUAACCAGACUGAAGCUGUAGAGCGAGAGCAGUGUAUCGAGCUUCUGAAGGCUAUGCUGACAGUGGUUGACUGGGAGAGGAUCACUCCCUGUGAAGUUCUCGCUCAUCCAUUCAUCACGAAAGACUACACAAAUGUCCAGACUGAUGGACUCAAGACAUUGAGAAGUUCAAGUGAGGACUUUGAAUGUGAGCCUCUUGCCGCUCCACUGAAGGACAGCAGCAGUAUCAUCCAACCAGACGGCUGCACUCCAUCUCCUGAAAUUCUGCCAUCAGGUGCGAUUCUGGUUCGGCCUGCGACCGCCGAGAACUCAACCUCACUGGAAGACCAGGAGAGUGCAGUUAGUGAGCCUCCUACCGCUCCUCUGGCGGAUGAAGACAGGAGUGUCAUCCAACCAGACGGCUGCACUCCAUCUCCUGAAAUUCUGCCAUCAGGUGUGAUUCUGGUUCGGCCUGCGACCGCCGAGAACUCAACCUCACUGGAAGACCAGGAGAGUGCAGUUAGUGAGCCUGCUACUGCUCCUCUGGCGGAUGAAGACAGCAGUAUCAUCCAACCAGACGGCUGCACUCCAUCUCCUGAAAUCCUCCCAUCAGUCCUGAUCCAGACUCCACCUGCGAGAGCCGAGAACACAACACUGCUGGAAGAUCAGGAGAUUCAAGUUAGUUUUCAGUCUGUCCUGGACAAGACAUCAGAGUCCUCAGUGAGCGACACAGGCGAUAACACAAAGAUAUGCGAGGAUUCAACCACAUGUGAAGACACCAGGAGGAAGAAGAAGAAGAAGUCCUCUGUUGCAUCUCCUCAUAUCUAUAUUUCUGUAAAUCUUGAUGCCUCUCUCUGUCUAUUACUAAUUAUCUUGUGUGGCCUGUCCUCUUCUAGGUCACCACGGCGGACAGGAGGUCGCCACUUGGUGAUGCCUCGUCCUGUGCAGUCGUCUCCACUCUUUACACAUAAUUUGUAUCAGACAUUCUGUUAAUGUAACUUUUAAACUGUGAUUUGUUGCA